GCAGCAGCAGCAGCAAAAGCAUCUGGAGUUGGAGCCGAGGCGCGUUGCUUGCAGCAGGAGCAGAGGAAGGAUGGCUGUGGGAGGAGGGAAGAGGAGGCGGCGGUGGGGGGUCCUGCCCCUGGCCCUCUUGACUAUCUUUCCAGCAUGCCUGUUAUCAGCAAAGAUGUCACCACUAAUAGAAAAAAUAAGUGAUCAAAAGGACUUCAAGAAACUCCUAAGGACACGGAAUAACGUAUUGGUGCUAUAUUCCAAAUCUUCGGCAGCUGCUGACAGUUCACUCAGGUUAUUGUCUGAUGUAGCCCAAGCAGUGAAAGGCCGAGGUACUAUAUCCUGGAUAGAUUGCAGUGAUUCAGAAAGCCGAAAACUGUGCAAGAAGAUGAAAGUUGACCCCAGUUCAAAGGAGAAAGGGGUAGAAUUACUACAUUACAAGGAUGGCACAUUUCACACUGAAUAUACAAGAGCACACACGCUCAAGUCAAUGGUGGCCUUCCUCAAGGAUCCAGAAGGAGCUCCUUUGUGGGAAGAGGAUCCUGAUGCCAAAGAUGUUGUCCAUGUUGACAGUGAAAAGGAACUUAAGAGGCUUCUGAAGAAAGAAGAUAAGUCUGUGCUGCUGAUGUUCUAUGCCCCUUGGUGUGGAGUUUGCAAAAGAAUGAUGCCAUCAUUCCAACAAGCAUCUACAGAACUGAAGGGCAAGUAUGUACUUGCAGGAAUGAAUGUCUACUCAGCUGAAUUUGAAAAAAUAAAAGAGGAAUAUAAUGUCCGGGGAUACCCAACCAUCUGCUAUUUUGAAAAAGGAAAAUUCCUGUUCAACUUUGAAAACUACAGUGCUACAGCAAAGGACAUAGCAGAGUGGUUGCAAAAUCCUCAGCCACCUAAACCACAGACUCCUGAGACUCCUUGGUCAGAAGAGGAUAAUGUUGUUUAUCACCUAACAGAUGAUGACUUUGACAAGUUUAUCAAGGAGCAUUCUUCUGUCUUAGUGAUGUUCUACGCACCAUGGUGUGGGCACUGUAAGAAAAUGAAGCCAGAAUAUGAGAAAGCAGCUGAGAUGCUCCAUGCAGACAAUGAUAAACCAGGUGUCCUGGCAGCUGUAGAUGCUACUGUCAACAAAGCUGUAGCCGAAAGAUUUCACAUAUCAGGAUUUCCAACAUUAAAAUACUUCCAAGAUGGAGAGGAGAAAUAUACUCUCCCACACCUGCGAACAAAAAGUAAAAUUAUUGAAUGGCUUCUAAAUCCUCAAGCACCACCUCCACCUGAACCAACCUGGGAAGAAAGGCAAACAAGUGUUAUCCAUCUUGCAGGUGAAGACUUCAGGGAAUCUUUGAAGAAAAAGAAGCACGCCCUUGUAAUGUUCUAUGCACCAUGGUGCCCACACUGUAAAAACUCGAUCCCACAUUUCACAUCUGCUGCAGAACUCUUUAAAGAAGAUCGGAAGAUUGCCUAUGCUGCAGUGGACUGUGCCAAAGAACAGAAUCAUGAUCUAUGUAAGCAGGAAGGUGUGGAUGGUUACCCGACCUUCAACUACUACAACUAUGGAAAAUUUAUAGAAAAGUAUAAUGGAGACAGAGGGGAAUCUGGGUUUUCAACCUUCAUGCGGACCCUCCGAGAAAGAGACCAUGAAAGAAUAGGGAAAAGGAAAGAUGAGUUAUAAUUUCUGCCUCAAAACACAAUUUCCACUGCACUGUGAAUGGUCUCAGGGCCACUGGUACAAUGCCUGAGAUUUCACACCUUUAAAAAACAACAACCAGAAACUUUGUUUUUUAUAAGCAGCCAUUGCCAUUUUGUACAAUUUUGAAAUAAAGUGAAAUCAUUUGAUUUUUCCAGAAAAAAUAAAUAACAUCAUUGUUGCCAUAUUAUGUUGUGAAGAAGAAUGAAGAGCAUUUUCUCACCAUUUGAUGCACCUAUGCCCAUUGAUAUUCCUAUGCAACCUUUUUGUAAUCUGUAGGUUUGGUAGUGAUUUCCUCUGACAAGGUAAUUUCUGCAUUUUUAAUUUUGGAAGACUAUUAUAUGAGAAAUGGCUUUUAAAAAUGUGGGGGGUGUUGUUAAAGGAAGAUGCAAAGGAUCCAUUAGGAGCCAGUUUCAUAGAAAUGCGUGCAAACUAAUUGCAGUCCCAGUGGACUCCAUCCAAAGCCUCUUCAGUUAUGUAGGGUACAAGCGCACAGCAUUUCGUUUAGGAGCCAGAGGUGAUUAAGUGCUCUUUUGAUCCUGGUAGUCCAUAUACUGGGCAAAUGUCAGCCUGUACAGUCCCUCCCACUCUGUUAUGGAUGAUGGAACCUUUGUGAUUAGGACAUUGUGUGUAAUUUUUUUAAAAAGCGAGAUUUGGAGAAUAAUUUUUAAGGUGCUCAGGGAUAAUAGGGAAAUAAUGAAGCAGCUUUGGCCAUGUCAGAUCUUAAUGACUGUAGUGGUGUGUGUUUUUUUUCUUUAAAUUUCUUUUCUUUUUGGGGUGGGGGAGGAAUCUGCCGUACCUGAAUUGUUUACAUACCUUUAUAGAAUGUAUGAGUUAUUUCGAACAAAUGUCUCCGCAAGCAGCACAUCUCAAGCACCAAAAUGACUCUCUCUGUGUAUUGUGUUUGCAUUCAUCUUGUCAAAAGCUCCUUUAAAAAGAGGAGUGGCGUAAUGCAGGUGUAAAAGUUCUACCCAGUUUAUGAUCCCACCAUAUGGACAGCAUAGUUGCUAAGCAUUUUGUUUGACUGUCUGUUUGACAAAGGCACUAGUAUUUUUGAUAUGAAGAAACAUCAUGCAACAAUACUUACGUUCCAAAGGCUUGUCUGUGUGUGUUAAAUACAAAGAAAGAAAGAAAGAUUCUCUUUCUCUCUCU